UUGAUUACAAUUUGGUUAGAGCUUUUGCAAUCGCCGGCGAAACGAGUUAUGGCAAUGGAUGAGCCAAGGAAGCUGAGAGGCCACAAAUCAACUGCCACUUGUUGUAUAGCUUCUCGUGACAGGCCUGGACUUGUUCUCACUUCUGGCGAGGAUGGUUGCGUUUGCUGGUUUGAUUUGAGGUGUAAAGAUGUUCAAUUCAUCAUCGACUUUGGAACAGAACCUGUUUCAUCUCUCUGUUUCAAGACAGGUAAUGAGAACAUUCUCUAUGCUUCUUAUGGAAACGAAAUCAAGUCUUUCGAUGUUCAAACGCUAAGUGCUACUUCUUGGAAGCGAUUAGAGAGUUUUAACUACAACAAAGAUGAAGUAAACCAGGUUGUAUGCAAUGGAAGAUCAUCUUUUCUUGCUUCUGCAGAUGAUUCUGGUGAUGUUAAGAUCAUCGACAUUGGUCAGAAACGCCUUUAUAAAACCCUUAGAGCUGGUCAUACAAGUAUAUGCAGUUCUGUGCAAUUUAUUCCAUGGAGACCUUGGGAAGUUAUAACUGGUGGACUUGAUUCAAAGCUUGUUUUAUGGGAUUUCUCAAAAGGUCGCUCACAAAAGAUUAUAGACUUUGGCUCCGAUACACAAAACAGCUCAGGACAAUGCCUAAACCCUGCAUUUGUUCACUCGAUUGCAAUCCCGGAAAUGGACAUGGUUGAUAAGUUAGGCAAGAUAUGCGCAGUUGCUAGAGGUGAUGGAAUUGUCGAUUUGAUCAACAUCGAAUCAGAACUUUCCCAGAAAGGAACAUCAUCGAAAGGAAGCAGCAGCAGCAGUAGUAGCAACAAUGUGAUCAAAAGGGUUUGUUUAGAUUACUCUGUUGGUGGGCACAAUGCUGCUGUGUCUUGUGUCGCUUUUUCUCUGUUUCAGGAGAAGGGUAGAUUCUUGAUCUCAGGUGGUAAUGAUAAGACAGUCAAAAUAUGGGAUUGCUUUAAAUGUCUUGAUCCAGACAACAACAACAAUAACAGAGAUUUCCUCCAUUUGAAUAUUAACUUAAGCAAGAAGGUGAAUUGGCUUUGCACGAAUCAAUCUGAUUCUGAGAAUCUUGUUGUUUGUGACACCACUAGAGUAGUUAAGGUUUACUCAAUCACUUAAGUAGGCCUGAUGGAUCAUAAAAUGUCUUAUCUUUGUUUCAUAUCGUUAUUAUUGGACUUUCUCAAAGUAGUUGCUUGAUCCUCAAGUUAGCUCUUUGUUCGUCAGUUCCAAAUUAUGAAUAAGAAUACUUGGAUAUCUAUGCUUUAGUACUUAGAGUUAGUAAUAUAAAGCUUCACUGUAUUGAUGUUUCUUCAGCUUUAAUACCUUGUAUGAGUCUGUUUGUAGUUUGUAGAGUUGUAUUUUUCUAAAAUUAUUGCUCAUUAUUGUUUU